AUGGUCGACAGCGGUGGAACAACAUCUAAUCUCGUAAACCGCGGGGAAUGGGAGAAUUUCGAGGAAGAAAAUGGACAAGUUGGCGAUCAUUGUGCUGAGAUUUCCGCUGGUCUUAAAGCGCCAAGCAAAUUUACUGAACACAAUGACUCAAUUAGUGAGCAAAAAUCUUUUCGUUUACAGCGAGAGUCGUCUCCUCAUAGGGAGAAUGGAGUCACAGGGACUGAAUUUAAGGAGAAUUUAGACGAGGGAUCCGGGAAUUUUAAAGGAUCACCAGGCGCGAUAAGUAAUCGUGGGCAAUUUAAUGACGAAAGUGUUGAUGCGGGGAAUUCAAGAGAAACAGACACUGAUCGAAAAAACGAUACGGCUGUGAAUGAUUGUAAAUCUGCUUCACUACCGCGUAAAGUUACUCUAAACGCUUCUAGCCAGCCAAGCAAUUUAUACAAAGAGAAGACAGAUGGCGCGGGACUCGAACUGAAUGGUGAGAAUUCGAAUUUGCAUUCAAGCAAGGCCGCAGCUGCCAGCAGCGAAUCCAAGGAGAUUGCCGACAAUAAGAUUACUGUUUCUUCGUCAGCGUGGACUAAAUUUGAGGAGAGCCAAGAUAAUAAUUUAUCGUCGAAAGAUGAGGCUGUAAAAGGCGAAAAAUCUGAGCAUUUGGUAAAAACAAAGGAUGAAAAUCACACACACUUGCCCUUGAAAUCGACCACCUCGAAUAUGGCGGCUUUUGAUUCGCGAAAAGCCACAGCAACCACAAAUAUUACCCCCAAUAAUAUGUCUGUAACUGAGGUUAAAACGAACUCUACGUCUACCAAGCAAGCAACAAUCGCUUCCAAGGCCUCUAACGCCGAGAAUGGUAUGAAAUCAGCUGUUCCUAUUGUUGAAAACAACAGCGCCCAUGCAAAUUUAUCAUCGAUCCCACAUCAACAAUCUCGUGAAACCGCGAAUCAAGGCGAAGUUGAUCUUGGCAAAAACUGGGUUAGUUUUGGCGAGGAUGGAAAUUUAAAAGACAGUCAACAACAACCGCAUUCGAACGUUUCAGCGGCGGAGAACGGAGUUGGCGGCUUGGCAACAUUGAGGCGUGAUCCGCUUGGCAACGACUUUAAAUCGCUACAAGUUACAGAGCCGGAGGUUGAUACCGACAAAAAAUCCACCUCUGUCAUGCCUCCUGUGUCGUUUACUGUGGCUGAACUAGAUCUUCUCGCUAGUAAGUCUUGGAUGAAAUUUGGCGAUUCGUCCAAAAGUGCUGAUAAUCAAAUGCAACAGUGUUCUUCCAGUUCAGCUGUCAAUUCACAAUCUUGGGUGACAUUUGGUGAUUCUACCACCCAAGUUGAACAGCGUUUGGAAUUGUUAGAGCUGGAUGUAAGCGGUAAUCUAACAAAAGUUAGUCAUGUGCCUAGCCCAAAUCCAUUCAUCAAUGCCUCUCCUUCAUCAGGUAGCAAUCCGUUUCAGCCAGCUACUACUAAUCCAUUUCAAGCUGACAAUGGACCGGCAGCUGUCUCGAGUCCUGACCCUACACUAAACCUCGUCCCUGUUCCCGGCAUGGAAGGUAUGCCCAUGGCAGCACCUGGGCUUGUAGCCAACAAUUCAACAGUAGUGCUUUCAGCAGACAAGAACUCUGACUUUGUUGCUGUUCAAGACCAGGUUGAUGGUAAAGCCAUUGUUGCACAUAGUCAUGAACAGGGGCCCACAAAGAAAAGUGAGGAACCAUUUCUUGAAGAAAAGCUUGUAACGAGUGGUUCAUGGUCAAUGCUUCUUCGCUUUCCUGACAAGAAGCGUAAGUUUGGUUCCCGUGAAUGGAAACCGGUGGUUAUCAAGCUAGAGGGAACAACACUACAAAUUUUUGAGGAGUAUGAAUUGUCAGCACCCUUUAGAGAAAUUCCUCUUCAAGCUUAUUUUGUGUUCACCGAACCAAAAUUACAAUCAUUUGAACAUGGGGCUAAAGUUCAUACUAUGAAGUUAGAGUAUAUCAAGUAUACUGAGACGAGAAGUCUACGCCAUCGCGGGACUGUUGAACAUUUAGCACAGGGUACCCCGAUCAUUAAGAUCGCAUCUCCAUGUCAUUUAGUUAUUAGAGAACUUCUUGAGUCCUUUAACAACUCACUACGGCUUCUUCCAUCAUAUAGAGACAGGGGUAUAACAUACCGUCAUGAUGAGGUCUUUGUUGAUAUUGAUGAUGUAGCUAAUAUCAUUUUGUCUGGAGAUGGCACCAUACUAAGGAAGAGUGCAAAAGUGGUCAUUAAGUUGCGAGCUUUUCUGACUGGAGAUCCCGAAUGCCAGUUAGUGCUUAACGACAUUGUUGUUAGAGAAAGAGAAGAAGCUCGUUUACGAGGCGAGUUGAAACCGCAGCGGGUGCAUCACUGGGUGAAAUUACGCUGUUGUGAUUUUCAUAAAUGUGUUAAUGCCACAGCAUUUGAGCAGUCACAUGCUAUAACAUUCCACCCAUUAGACGCAUGUACCUUUGAACUUAUGCGUUUUCCGGUGGACCAUCACAAGCCACUUCCCCUUCUGGUGAAAACUAUCUUGAAAAUUCAAAGUGAGCAGAAAGUCGAGCUUAAGGCUGAAAUUCAAGUUUGCCAGGAAACAAAGAUGGCAAAAUAUGUCAGAAACAAUGUGGUGUUUAGAUUUCCUAUUCCAGAGUCCUGGGUACCACUUUUCAGAACAGGCAAGGUAUUCAGGGGGGAGAAAUCUAUCAAGUCAAGCAAGGGUGCACGUGCUGCAGGGAUUAAAAGCCGUCUUAAGCAUUCCAAGUGUUCCAUUGCUGUUUCUCUCGGGAGAGCGAUGUACGAACCAGAGUAUGGCUCAGUCGUUUGGCGGAUUGAUCAUUUGCCGUUUAUUCACAGCAAAAUUCCUGCUGAUGCACCACACACCCUGUCAGUUGUCUUAGAUCUACCCCCAGGAAUGGAUUUUCCUGAAAACUACAAGCCCAUGGCCGAGCUAGAGUACGACGUCUCUUAUGUAUUGAUGUCUGAUACCAACGUGAUUGCCGUCAAAGUGUCCAAUCAGAAUAUUCCAGACAAGUGGGUUUGCUACCGCGCCUUAUAUCACUAUGACGUCAACAUUGACAUCUCUAGACCUUCAACUGGUCCAGUGCGAGAUGUUGGUUGUACCCAGCAAUGA